AUGUCAUCUACAUCUGCGACAGUGUACUGCCAGCGACUCCUCUCAGUGACCGCGCGACGCGGCGCGGACCCGUGGCUGCUCCCGAAUAUGCCCGGGCACCUGGAGAAGACGACGUCGCCUCCCGACGCGCCUGCGCCGGAGCCGCUGCCGCGCCCCGGGGAAAGCGUCGAGAAGAUGCGCGCGAGACUGGUGUACCAGAGCCGGAAGCGGGGCACGCUGGAGAGCGACCUGCUGCUGAGCACGUUCGCGCAGGAGAGGCUGGGGUCGAUGGGCGAGGAGGAGCUGCGGGAGUUCGAUAAGCUGCUGGACGAGCCGGACUGGGACAUCUACUACUGGGCGACGGGGAAGAAGGCGCCCCCCGCGAGGUGGGCGGGUUCGAGGGUGCUCGCGAAGCUGGCGGAGCAUACGAAGAAUGAGGGCAAGGUCGUGCGGAGGAUGCCUGAUCUCUCGUAG